AUGUCUCCCACCGAGCGGUUUUGCGAAAUUUUAUUCGACGAAAUUUCUAUUAAAAAAGAUCUCGUUUAUAAUAAAAGUAGAGAUAUUAUUGACGGUUUCGUGGAUAUUGGCGACGGUAAUCGCGACCUCAAUGUCGCCGACAAAUGUUGUUUUUUCAUGGUGAAAGCCAUCGCGGCGGAUUGGAAAUAUGUCCUUUCCUAUUAUAUGGUUAAAGGCGGUAUGUCGGCUUCAAAUCUUUUAGAAUCCUUAACGGAAAAUAUUAAAACGGUUGAAGGCCUCGGCUUAAGCGUCAAAGCCAUCGUCUGCGAUCAAGGCCCAACCAACGUUCGUCUUUUUAAACUUUUAAAUGUCUCCGCGGAAAAUCCGUUCUUUAUUUUCAAUUCAAAUAAAAUUCACUGUCUUUACGACUAUUGCCACUUAAUUAAAUCGGUUCGGAAUAACUUAUUAAAGCACGAUUUGAAAACUGUCGAUGGCAUCGCGAGCGGUAAAGUCAUUCGUCAAUUAUAUUCGGUAGAUAAAGCGAAUGUAAACUUCAAGGUAUGUCCUAAGCUUACAGCUUCGCAUAUUUACCCCAAUAAUUUUGAAAAAAUGAGCGUAUCCCGAGCGACGCAGCUAUUGAGUAAUUCGGUAGCUGCAGGCAUUGAUAUGGCGCAGAAACAAGGGUUGCUAGGGUCUGAUGAAUACACCCUCAAAUGUGCCAAGCCGACUCAGUUGUUUGUAAAGCGCAUGAAUGAUUUGUUCGAUGAGCUCGAUUGUAAGAGAUUAAAUAAUAAAAACCCAUUGAAGGGUCCAAUUUGGCGCGAUUCUGUAGACAAGCUUAACAGGCUUAAGGACCACAUUAAAUUCAUUUCGUCGAUUAAACUUCCCAAUAAUAUAAAUUCCUUGUGUUUUGCUGGUUUUAUUUUAACCAUUAAUUCUAUGAUUAAUUUAAGUCAAGAUAUCUUUGAAAAUUGCAAAGAUUUAAAUUUUAUAUUGUUGGGAAAAUUGAAUCAAGAUGCCCUUGAGAACUUUUUUUAUAGAAUCCGCGCAACUCAGGGCAUUAAUACGCAUCCAUCGGGCCAUGAAAUUCAGUACAUUGUUGCUCGCUUAAUUUCUAUGAAAAUUUUGAGACGGAAAUUCGAUAAAAAAGGUACAAACUGCGAAGAUGAUGAAGAUUUGAACCUGGAUUGGAAUAUUGCUGAUGAAGAUUCCUUGAAAGACAAUUUAGGACCUUCAGAGCAACUUGCGAUGGAUGUCGAUAUUCCAGAAGAGCAAUUUUCUUGGGAUAUUGACAUUCCUGAAGAGCACUUUGCUCUCGCGGAAGGGGCAUCAGCAGAAAUCCAGGUGCAAAGGUACUACGCAGGUUAUACCAUUUACCAAAAAUUAUUGUCAAAGUCGCAAUGUAAAACUUGUAUUGACGCGAUGGUGAAAACUCCAGGCGAACUGAAAGACUAUUCCGAAGCCUUGAUCCGAGCUAAGAAUUAUAAAGAAUGUCCUGAUGUGAGACUAAUUAAUCCAACUGAGUGGGUAUUUGAAAUAUUGCGCAUGCAGAUGGCAUGGUAUAAGCAUUUAUUUCAGAAAUAUGCUCAUUCAGUUGGAAUUCAUGAACAAAUUGUUAACGCGCUUAUUAAAAAAAACAAAUGA